CUGCUAUUUGUUAAUAACUGGAAUCUUUUCUGGGAGCAUCCUAGGCUGUUUCGCGCUGAUGGCCUGCAUCCCCAGCAGAGUCGGAGCGGAGCUGCUCUCUGACAACAUCUCCAGGACACUUCGCUCCAUGUGACUAGGAGUCAGGAUGUUCCAGACAUCCAGUCCAGAAGUCCUUGGGGGCCACCUCUCAACAUGGUUGAAAGCAGUUAUGACCCCCUUCCUGCCCAAGGACGCCAGUAACCUGCAGCACCCAGAGCAACUAGAAACCGAGCUAGAUGAACUGAUGGCACACGAUCCAACCCAAAGCGACUACUACAAAGAACUUGCGAGGAUCCUCAGAAGCCUAGUUCACAUUCUCAUCGCCCAGGCACAGCUCAGUGAACGGAGCAACAUCGACCUUGAACAGCAAGCAGCAACGCUUAAGCUUCAAGCGGAGGAGGCCUGGAAGGACCAGUCCCGAACCCAGAGUCGCCUUGAUCAGCUCCUCCUCGAGACCCAGAACCAGCACGAGAAAGAGGACGACACAGAUCCAAAGCUACAGAAAAAAGUAGAAAAACUUCACAAUGCCCUGCAAGAUCUUCGCCUUGACACAGAUCAAAGAGAACAGCUGGAGAGAGAAGCCAGAAAAGAACUCAACAAAAAACUCCAGCAAGGUGACGCUCUCCUAAAAAUAGCAGAAACUGAACUGAAAGAAAGAGACUAUAAAACCUGGGCCUACAAAACACACUUGCAAGCGGCCCGAGCUAAAAUCAAUGAACUUACUCUGCAGAGAGACGAGCUCCAAGAUGAACUUGACACUGUUCACACAGAACUGAAAGAUUCUGACAGAUUACAGAGUGGCUGGAUUGGAGAAACGCACACCACAAAGUUUCUCCAGGCCCGCCACUCCAACCUUUUCAGCCAAGAACCCAGAGCUGAAAAAGGGGGUGUAAGCUCACGGCUCAAGAAAUCACCAGCCAGCUUACAAGAACACCGGUCAACAACGGAGGGGGGAGAACCCUUCCAGAGAAUGCAUGCCACUAAACCCUGCACGGCUCACAGAGAACUUGACAAGCUAGCCCGAAGCAUCCCUACGUUCAAUCCAGAUCCUGCAGGAGGACAUGACGUUCACGCUUAUUUACUAGAUAUUGACUUUCACUUGCAAACUCUCACCAACGUGACAGAUGUGAACACAUUGUACCUGUUAAAAAUCACGUCCAGCCGUGAUGUGCAUUGUGUUCUGGAUCGUCAACCAGAGACUGUCAAAGCGUACUACCAGCAACUGCUACAAACUUUGACUCUUGAAUUCUCUGAUCCAGACUCAGACCAUGGGCUCCUUAUUGCUAUGGACCUCAAACAGGGCCGACUUGAAAACCCACAGACUUUCUGUAGUCAGCUACGAAUAGCCUACUUCGGAGCAUGCAACGAACCAGGUAUGCAACAGGAUGUCGACUUAAAAACUCUGUUCCUCCGAAACCUACAUGCCAGUUGGAGUUUUCAUCUCAGAGUCCCAGCGUGUCUGCGUAACAUGACUACAAGAGUUACGGAACUUAGCCCACAAAGCUUGCACCAAGCAAAAGACUAUUUAUGAAAAGACUGUGAAAAACCCCAAAGUCUCUGUCUCUGAGCACUGCUUGGAGUUAACCCUAGAGGGCGCCCUACAACACCACAGUCACAGAACUUUUUACAGAGAGUCAAUACUGUUCCAAGCCAGCAGAGCAAGCGCUCUGAAAGAUUCUGGGACCAGCGACCCAAAAAGAGCGGAUCCCCACCGUCCAGGACACAAAGCCCCGACAGCCGGCAGUGGAACCACUCUCGAUAUGACACUGGUAAGCUCAAACCUGAGCCCACGUCAGAAAAACACAGGGCAGCCACGUCUGAGACAGCAGAGAUCCUGAGGGUGCUGAAAGAGCUUCUUUACAUGAAAACUCGCAAGACAGACAAGGAAGAUGAACCAGACAUCAUAUGUCUAAGCAUAAGAACUGAAACCAACACCCUGUCUAACUGCCAUCUGUAAGAGCCAAGCACCCAGAACACUGCUCAUCAUCCACAGACCACAGAGCUAACUGUCACAUCACAAGGUGACAGCAUAACCCAAGCUCCACAGCUGACAGCUGCACACCCUGAACGAGACAGCACAGGUUCUCACACGAGGUACCGCAAACACAAGGUACCAGAAAAUGCUGUUUUGACUACUUGCCUUUGCAGUGAGCUACACAAGACCGGUCCUAACCACCCAUCGUUUGUCACACCUGCCCUGAUGCCAACAUUCCUGGGCAGCCUUGUCAAAAAGGGGGUGGGCCGAAAUUGAGUGAGCAUGGAAGACCUGAUCGACACAGGAUCAAACCUGACGGUGAUUUCAUCUCACCUUUUCAAAAGACUCCAAUUUGAAGCUAAGAGACAAGAUCGAACUCUUACACCUCAAACUUGGAAACAGAAUGUACAGUUGUACAGCCAGAAUGACAUCCGGUUUGAACAGGUUGUUUCCAUUUACCUGACAAUCGGUCUGAUGAGUCUAGUACAUCCCAUUUAUGUCUCACCAAUGAACACUCAUACAUUUCUCAUCGGCAAAGACCUGUUAGACCACUUUGACCCUUUACUGAACUUCAAACAGCUAAAAGACUUUGCUCAAGUGCGAGAACCUCUUUCCCUCCAGCCACACCGGUUGCCAGAGCCAGACUGUCAAUUCACAGAGGUCACAGGAACUCCCACAGAGCCAGACGGUCAGGUCACAGAGGUCACGGGAACCCCACCUGCCAGCCGUGGUUCAAGUUCAAGCCUCUGCAACACGAACAGGGUAUGGUGGUACCAGCUUACACCAAAGGGGUCGCUGUUCGGCUCAACCUGCAAUGUGGUCAAACCUUAAACCACACGCUGGGUUUCUUCCAAUCCUCACCUGAAUGUGUGGAACUCGGACUCACACUUGAAGGCACACCCCUCACUGAAGUGUCAUCUUGUAUAGCCUACAUCCUGUGCAACAACUGCACGGUAACUGACAUUAACAUUCCCAAGGCCUACGGGCUGGGAUGGCUAGUGAGCCAUGACUUUAAUGACUUUGAACUUGUACUACCUGUCAUUGAGUCCAUUCCACCUGCACUGAUACCCGAAGGGAGUACAAACAACAUAUUGUUCACUGCACCCUUCAAAUUCGUCGCCAUCACAUCUGUCAUGUCGGUGAGCAAAGACCAGGUGAGCGGGAUGGAUCUGACAGAUGGAGGAGCCUUACACAGGUUUUCAAUCUCAAGUGCAGCAAAUUCUACAAGAUGCUCAUGCACUUCAGAGCGAUACAGAUCACCAAAAGACUCAGACAAGUUCUGUAUAAGCUCAAAGAAUACUGUGCCAAAGACUUUUUAGACUGUGGUCUUACCAACCUACGCACCCUGAUGCUCCUCCCACUUCUGUCAAACAGUACAAGAUUCCCAUCGCCUCACACAAACCAGUGCAGGAGAUCAUCGAAUCUAUGCUGGAGAAAGGUGUCAUCCAUCCAUGCAACAGCACCUACUCAGCCCUCUUCCGGCCCGCCCUCAAAACUAACUGCGAGUGGCGACCCACCAGUGACUACAGGAAACUGAAUCAACAAGUCACCUUUAUUUAUAUAGUGCUUUAAACAAAAUACAUUGCGCCAAAGCACUGAACAACAUUCAUUUGGAAAACAGUGUCUCAAUAAUGCAAAAUGAUAGUUAAAGGCAGUUCAUCAUUGAAUUCAGUUAUGUAAUCUCUGUUCAGUUGAAAUAGUGUCUGUUUUAAUUUGCAAUCAAGUCAAUGAUAUCGCUGUAGAUGAAAUGACCCCAACUAAGCAAGCCAGAGGCAACAGCGGCAAGGAACCGAAACUCCAUCGGUGACAGAAUGGAGAAAAAAACCUUGGGAGAAACCAGGCUCAGUUGGGGGGCCAGUUCUCCUCUGACCAGACGAAACCAGUAGUUCAAUUCCAGGCUGCAGCAAAGUCAGAUUGUGCAGAAGAAUCAUCUGUUUCCUGUGGUCUUGUCCUGGUGCUCCUCUGAGACAAGGUCUUUACAGGGGAUCUGUAUCUGGGGCUCUAGUUGUCCUGGUCUCCGCUGUCUUUCAGGGCAGUAGAGGUCCUUUCUAGGUGCUGAUCCACCAUCUGGUCUGGAUACGUACUGGAUCCGGGUGACUGCAGUGACCCUCUGAUCUGGACACAGACUGGAUCUGGUGGCCACGGUGACCUCGGAACAAGAGAGAAACAGACAAAUAUUAGCGUAGAUGCCAUUCUUCUAAUGAUGUAGAAAGUACGGUGUUAUGUGAAGUGUUCCGGUUCCAGUUUACCUAAUUAAUGCAGCCUAAAAAUCCUUUAACGGAUUUGGAUAUUAAAAGCAUAUUAGUAUGUUAUGUGUAUGCCAGGUUAAAGAGAUGGGUCUUUAAUCUAGAUUUAAACUGCAAGAGUGUGUCUGCCUCCCGAACAAUGUUAGGUAGGUUAUUCCAGAGUUUAGGCGCCAAAUAGGAAAAGGAUCUGCCGCCCGCAGUUGAUUUUGAUAUUCUAGGUAUUAUCAAAUUGCCUGAGUUUUGAGAACGUAGCGGACGUAGAGGAGUAUAAUGUAAAAGGAGCUCAUUCAAAUACUGAGGUGCUAAACCAUUCAGGGCUUUAUAAGUAAUAAGCAAUAUUUUAAAAUCUAUACGAUGUUUGAUAGGGAGCCAGUGCAGUGUGGACAGGACCGGGCUAAUAUGGUCAUACUUCCUGGUUCUAGUAAGAACUCUUGCUGCUGCAUUUUGGACUAGCUGUAGUUUGUUUACCAAGCGUGCAGAACAACCACCCAAUAAAGCAUUACAAUAGUCUAACCUUGAAGUCAUAAAUGCAUGGAUUAACAUUUCUGCAUUUGACAUUGAGAGCAUAGGCCGUAAUUUAGAUAUAUUUUUGAGAUGGAAAAAUGCAGUUUUACAAAUGCUAGAAACAUGGCUUUCUAAGGAAAGAUUGCGAUCAAGUAGCACACCUAGGUUCCUAACUGAUGACGAAGAAUUGACAGAGCAACCAUCAAGUCUUAGACAGUGUUCUAGGUUAUUACAAGUAGAGUUUUUAGGCCCUAUGAUUAACACCUCUGUUUUUUCUGAAUUUAGCAGUAAGAAAUUACUCAUCAUCCAAUUUUUUAUAUCGACUAUGCAUUCCAUUAGUUUUUCAAAUUGGUGUGUUUCACCGGGCUGCGAGGAAAUAUAGAGCUGAGUAUCAUAAGCAUAACAGUGAAAGCUAACGCCAUGUUUCCUGAUGAUAUCUCCCAAGGGUAACAUAUAAAGCGUGAAGAGUAGCGGCCCUAGAACUGAGCCUUGAAGUACUCCAU